AUGGCAGCAGGGAAGAUGUGCCUCAGGAAGAACAAGGAGGAAACUGCUGAGUGGACAGGAUUAUUCCUGAGCGACCUAAAAACCAAACAAGAGUCCCUCGUCUUCGUCAAGAGGAUGAUGGCUGUGGCAGUCUCCUCCAUCACCUAUCUCAGGGGGAUUUUCCCGGAGGAUGCCUACAGAUCCAGAUAUCUGGAAGAUUUGUGCAUUAAAGUUUUACGUGAAGACUGCAACACGCGUGGUGCCAGCAAAGUUGUGAAAUGGAUGAUGGGCUGCUUUGAUGCGAUAGAGAAGCAAUAUCUCCAGAUUGUGUUCAUUGGGGUGUACACCAAUCCAGAUGAACCUAACUGCAUUACCGAGUCGUAUCAGUUCAAAUUCAGAUACACUGAGAAGGGACCAGGGAUGGACAUACUCAGGAACAAUGACGUGGAGAUGCAGGUGACAUUGGAGGACACCAAGAGAGCCUCAGUGCUGCUCAUCAGGAAGCUCUUCCUGCUCAUGCAGAACCUGGAUGCCCUUCCCAGUAAUGUCUACCUCACCAUGAAGCUCUACUAUUACGAUGACAUCACCCCUGCUGACUACCAACCACCAGGCUUCAAGGAGGGUGAAUGUGACAGUCUGUGGUUUGAAGGCAUGGCUGUGCACUUCAGGGUGGGUGAGGUGGAGACGGCCUUUCACAGCUUGAAAGUUCGUGUGUCUGCAGAACAAAACCGGCUCGAGAAACUUCAGGAAGAGAAUCACCUGAGGGAGACCAAGCAGGUUUCUCAGAAAAAUCCUCCAGAGAUCAAGGUAGAUCCAGAAAGUAUAUUGAAAAUGCAUUCUGAGGAGGAUCUGCCCUCUGAAGAUGAGUCUGCACAGUUCAAGAAACCCACCAGACCUGUGGCAAAGAAACAUGCAGCUGCCAAAAAUCUGUCCAGGAAGAAGAGAAGAAGAAUUUAG